AGUGGGUUUUGAGGAUUAUUGGUUGGUGUACGUGAUUUAGUCUUCGGUUUGUUAGGUGCGUUGAGUCUGCUGGAUUUAAUUCGGUUGUAGUAAACUAAGUCGUCCUUUUGCAUCCUCCAUUCACUAAGGGGUACCGUAAGGCCCCGUUUGAGAUUUAAAGUGGGAUAUUUGGGUCGUUAAUAUUCCAUUUGACAUGAAAUGGAAUAGACUUUUCAACUUCGGUAUUAUUAGUCUGCGGGGAGUAGGGAUAUUUCGUGGUUAUUCCGACAUUACCAGAGUGGUAAGUAUUGAAGUACAGUUAUAGUCUGUGACAAACAAACUUGGGCGCCGCUCAAGCUACCUACGUUUGGACAAAAUUGAUCAGUUUUGGGACAGUCUCAUUGACAAUUGUGGGUGAAUUUUGGGAUAAUACCACGAAAUGAGACUCAAAUCUGCAUAUAAUUAGGGGUUUCCCCCUAAAUUUACACAGGGCUAGGAUGUUUUUGAGCAUUUAUAUGAAUUCAAACACUCACUAUAGCCUGAAAGCUGUCUCCAACUAGUUGAAAGCAGGCUUUCAGUUUGCGGCCUGAUUUUCGAUUGUCAGGUCUGUUAUUUCCUGUUAGUCAAGAAGAGGCAUGGAUACCAAUGUAUUGUUUGAAACUUUUCAGGUUUAUCGCGGCAUGGCUCCUUACAGGAUCGUGUUUAUCCGCCACGGAGAGAGUGUUUACAAUGAAGAAAAUCGAUUUUGUGGUUGGCACGAUGCAGACCUUUCAGGACAAGGUAUCACUGAAGCUAAGCAAGCUGGCCAACUUCUUCACCAAAAUCAUUUCACCUUUGACAUCGCCUAUACAAGUGUUCUAAAAAGAGCCAUCAAGACUUUAAACCUUGUCCUUGAUGAACUUGAUCUUAACUGGAUACCUGUGAUGAAAACAUGGCGUCUAAAUGAAAGGAUGUACGGUGCUCUUCAAGGUCUAAAUAAGUCUGAAACCGCUGCCAAACAUGGAGAAGAACAAGUUAAAAUAUGGAGACGUGCUUAUGAUAUACCUCCCCCUCCUGUUGAUACUUCAGAUCCUCGCUUCCCCGGUAAUGAGCCAAAGUAUGCCUUACUUGACUCUUCCUGCAUACCACGUACUGAGUGUUUGAAGGACACUGUUCAACGUGUACUGCCAUUUUGGUUUGAUACUAUUUCUGCAAGCAUCAAGAGGCACGAACAGGUUCUGAUUGUCGCCCAUGGAAACAGUUUACGAGCGCUUAUCAAGUACUUGGAUAAUACAUCGGAUUCAGAUAUUGUGGAGCUUAAUAUACCCACUGGUAUUCCACUAGUUUAUGAACUGGAUGCAAACUUGAAGCCAACCAAGCACUAUUAUCUUGCCGAUGAAGCGACAGUAGCAGCCGCUAUAGCACGUGUGGCGAACCAGGGAAAAAAGAAAUGAAGCGAAGAAUGAUCCCUAUCGAUAAUUGCUUCAUUAUUCAUUCAUCCACCAAUAUUUAUACAUGUUUUGGAUAAUUUUAGUCAUCUAUAGCUUACAGUAAUGAACAGAUACUCUGAUCGUCUUUACUCAUAAUCGUAUUGUACGAAGUAAAUAUUUUCCUUCAUAGCGUUUGUUUUGCAUGUUAUAGUUAUGAUACGGCCAAUAAAAAUGAUCG